AUGAGUGAGUUUUGUGUGUCAAAACAUGUUCCAGGCUUUGCCAAAGGACUACAAAUAUUGGUGGUGGAUAACGAUAGAGAGUGCCUUUCGAUCAUGGCAACAAUGCUACAACUGUGUUCGUAUAAGGUUACAACCACAGAACAAGUCUCUGAAGCUCUGUCCAUGAUUGAAGAACAAGAGACUAGUUUUAAACUAGUAAUGGCUUGCAUUGACAUGCCAGACAUGGACCCAAUUUCUUUUCUGAAAGCUUCUCUUAAGAGAGGCAUUGGUGUCAUAAUGAUAUCUUCCAAUAGAAGUGGUGACUUAGCAAAUAAAGCUCUAGACGAAGGAGCAAGCCUUUUCCUAAUGAAACCAGUUUCUAUGGAGGUGUUAAAGCAACUGUGGCAGAGUGCUUGUUGGAAGAACACAAAACUAUCUGAAGAAAAUCAAAAUGGCAACAAUGGAAAGAAAUCUGAAGAUAAUAAUGUGAUCAGAGAAGCUAUGACAACUAACAUGAUUGGUACAACAAUUAGUAAGAAACGACCAAGAUGGCAAAGCUGUACUACUCUCAGUGACAAUGAUGAGGAGUUUGAAAAAACCACAUCAAGUGAAAAACAAGAAGGGCCACAGUCAAAGAGAUUACCGAGUGGUAUAGUCAUCGAAAAGAGCCAUCGCGAUAGGUCGAAAAGGAAGAGGCCAUGUGUUGUCUGGACUCCUGAGCUCCAUAACAAGUUCACAGAAGCAAUCAGUUUGUUAGGAGAUGAAAGUAAUGCAAUGCAAGAAGUUUUUGAAUUAAGCUCAGCCGAAAACAAUCCAAAGGGAAAUGGGAGCUCCACAUUUAACAAGACACCAGAUAGCAAGCCAUCUGCAGGGUACCAAGAUGAUACUUUGCAAAAACACAGGGUACCAAAUGAUUACCUACCUAUAUGCUAUUACUUGUUAUUUCUUAUGCUUUCUAAGAAGUAUAAAGCAGAAGUGAAGAGGGUACAAGAAAACAACACGAGUCUACCCUUUGGUGGUAAAUCCAGUGUUCAAUCUUCACAACUUGAGAGGCAGCAGAGUUCAAUGGCUUACCAACUUGGAAGAGAAGACUUGAGAUUUGGACAAUUUUCACUGACUCAACCUGGUGGGAAUGGUCAAGCAAGCUCUGCUACAUACCCCAAGAGUUCAUUGAGAAAGGGAAAGCAGCCUCUAGAAUUAGAUGGUUGCAGGGUUCAAGUUUCUGGGGCAGCUUCUCCCAACUUGUCUUCUGGUGUGUUCAAGGUCAAUAAUUUUUUCCUUCAAGAAAAUCAAAAUCAAGAAACUCCUCCGAGUUUGGAUUUUGGCUUCAAUUCUAAUCGAUAUCAGAAUCAACCAUCACAAGAAGUGGCUUGGACAGCUGGUGUUCCUGGUCAAACUUUGAAGACAAACUUCAGUGAUGGAAGCCAAAAUAUUGAUACUGUUGUGAACCAGACAACUGCUACGACAACAGGUGGUUCAUCAAAACAGAAUCAGCCCAUAUCGGAGUAUGUGGAUUAUAAUAUUCUGAGAAUUCUUGAAGAAGAAGAUGAUGACAAUGAGCCAAACAAUUAUGGUUGUGGACCAAACAUGGAAGAUGUUGAUCGAUACUGUGAAUGGUUACAGAAGUCAAUAUAA